GGUAGGCAGUGAAUUAUGCUGAAGUAUGCAGUGAGUCACAUAAGAGGGUGCUGCUGUAUCCAACAAAAUCUGAGAACACUGAGAAGUUCAUUCAGACCAUCCUGAGGCACCUAUAUGGGCUCAUCCUAUCAAGAUCUUUCUAUUACAGAGCAGUGACAAUCCUGAUAAUUACCUUCAGAAGAACAUGUUGCUGCUGAAUAAGUUUCCUGCAUGGCUCUGUGCAUUCACUCUGGUUUUGCUGACUCAAGAUCCAGUCUCUACAUCAGAGGUCACGGCCUGCGGGGUGGCAGUGGAUCCACCUGCUAAUAUUGAGAUAACGGACCCUGGCCUCCUGGGUUACCUCAGUAUCCACUGGACUCGGCCAGCCAGCCUCCAGAACCUUUCAGGAUGCACAGUACGAUACCAGCUCAGAUACUAUGACACCUACGAGGAACGAUGGAGGAGUGUCCGAACUGUCAAGCUGACUUACGCUGCUCAGUUUGACCUUGAGAAACCAGUCAAGGUGAAAAUCCUCACUGUGCUGAAGUGUGCCUGCACCAAUGAGACAGAAGUCCAAGGGCAGGAGAGAGAGUGGGUGCACGCACCUGAACCUACAGGUGUGGCAGGAUCAAGAAUAAGAGAUUUCCAAUGUGUCUACUAUGGUAAGGAGUACAUGGAAUGCACCUGGAAGCCAGGACCUGUCCAGCCUCCGAACUCACAGCAUUACCUCUAUUACUGGCACAGGGAAAUGGAUGAAACAAAGGAGUGUCCAGAAUACAUCGUAUUACCCGAGGGUCGUAGGGGAUGCAGGUUUCCUCGAGAAUUGCUCUUGGAGUUCUCCAAGUUUAAUUUAUGUGUAAAUGGAUCCUCUCCAGCAGGAAGUUUGAGAACGGCCUACUUUUCUAUUGAGGUCCAAAACCAUGUAAAACCAGCAGUGGUCUCCACUAUGGAUGUGUCGGAGACUGAUGGAGGUUUGAAGUUAGAUUGGUCACCUCCUAGUGGUCAGGUGCCAGAACACUGCUUGGAAUAUGAGGUGGAAAGCAGCACUGCGAUGGAAAAUGGCGAAGAGAAGCAGGAAAGAGUGGUUAUUCAGAAUUUAGCGGACACAUCGUAUGGCCUUCUGAGAGGGGUAGAAAGUCAGACAACUUGCUUCCGAAUCAGAUCAAAGGUGAACAUGUACUGCGCUGAUGGAGGAAUUUGGAGUGACUGGAGCCAAAAAAAGUGUACAGAAGAUAAGGAAACUCAAUACAUCCCACCAUGGAAAUAUCUCACUCUGGUGGGCCUGGUGGUCAUUGGCAUUGGCAUCCUCUGUCUUUCAUUGUGGAUAUUACAGAAGAUCUGCAUAAAAAAAAUCAUCAAAAAGGAUGCCCUCUAUACAUUAUACAAGGAAAAGGUCAACAAGACCAUGCCCACUAUCCUCAGCCCUAUUUUCAAGUGAUGCUCCCUAUGACCUGCUACGCUGAACUACUGUUUUAGCAGUCUUAAACUACAGUAAAAGCACUCUACUUGGAGAAAAACAAACCUGAGAACACCCUUAGUGCAUUUAAAGUGAUAGCUGAUAGAACCAGUAAUCUUGUGAAAUAGAUAUGUAUGGCUGGGUGAUAUAUCUAAUGAUAUGAUCAUGCACAUUUAAUCAGUAAAUCUGGUUCUGUGAUUAGUGCUUAAUUGCCAUCACCUGCUUUUAAAUGGAUCGGCACUUAAUAGACAGAGCCGUAGAUCACUGACAAGCUACGCAAUAUCAUGUUCAUUAUCGAACACGAUUAAUCUGCGAUAAUGAACGUGAUAUUGUGUAGCUUGUCAGUGAUCUAUGGCUGUGUCUAUUAAGUGCCGCUCCAUUUAAAAGCAGGUGAUGGCAAUUUAGCACUAAUCACAGAACCAGAUUUACUGAUUAAAUGUGCAUGAUCAUAUCAUUAGAUAUAUCGCCCAGCCCUAGCGGAGACCUAAAUGAACCACGGCACUGACCUGAAUGUAUGAACUACUUUGUUUACCAAGCCACUGUACUACUAUGUGAUGUGUUUACACACACAUAUAAUGUGUUUCACUUAAAGUUACUCAUAGAUAUUUUUUUUUUAAAUGCCAAUGAUUUUUCAAAUGCCAGUGAUCUUGCCAAUUUAAUCAAUGGGUUUUCAAAUGCCAGUGAUCUUGUCACAUUUAUUUUUCUAUCAGCUUUUUUGCUGUUUCACUUGGAUGUAUGACUUUCAGUAUUUGAGUUUGUUUUACUGCUGAUUACAUAAUGAAGAAAUCAGAAGUAAAGAGCAUUCAUACACUUUGGGAAAAAAAGUGCUAACUUUUAAAUACACUAAUAAAAUACAUUUUUCUUGAAUUUA